AUGAAAUUGAUUGAAUAUAUUGGAGUUGUAGGAUUCCAUCAUCAACUUGGUAACAGGUUAGAAUGGACUUAUCCAUCAUUAGAUGAUAACAACAAUAUUGAUAAAAAGAGAUAUGAUUGGGAUAUAUUACCAUUCUCUGCAAUACCUGAUGGUGUACACAACUCUUCAGAGGAUUACACCUUUUUUAUAUUGAAUGAAGUCGAUCCCAUUUCUUCACCAUCUCAUCGUCUCUAUGGUAUAGCACACUUUAAACAAGUUCAUACAAAGGAUCUACCAUCACAUUCUUUAUCUUCUUCAGAUACUCGUUCCUCUAUUCAAAAAUCUAUAUUUAUUUUAUCAAACUUUCCAAUAUUUUAUACAUUUUCAACACAAUUAAGAGUAGCAACUCAUUGUUUCUUUUCUCAAGGUGAUUUUACAAAAUAUGAUAUGUUGAUCAAUUGGUUUGAUACAAAGAAUCAAUCAUUUCAAGAUACAUGUAAAGAACAAUUAAACAAUCGACUUUUACAACAAAUAGUAAAGGAUUCAAUGGACGAACGACAACGAGAUUCGUCAUCAACAUCAUUAUCAUCCCCUUCCUCUACUACUACUUCUUCUUCUACUUCUUCUUCAACUGUAUUAUUACCAACUGAACAACAAGCAAUGGAACGUGACCGUAUACCAAUUCAACCAUCAUUAUUUUUUACGGGAGAGGAAGGAUCUGUUAAAAAGUUGGUGAAUCAUUUUGGUAGAAGUACAUUGGUACUUUUUAAAUUACUCAUGUUGGAGCGUGGUGUUGUAGAGUUUUGUCCUCAACCAGUCAAUGCAGUCUGUGAUUCAAUCAUAUCACUAGUCUCACUUUUCCCACGUAGUUUUGAACAAUUCCUUUCAUUGAAUCCAGCCGUCAACCAGUCAUUCUAUAUGGAUAGAUCCAAUGAAGUGAAUAGACAUGAUCUAGACUCUUAUCUUUUCCCACUCAACUUAUUUUCAAAGUCAAUUCUACAACCAUACCUUUCGCUACAUCAAAUUUCAUCUCUUUCAAGUAAUGGUAGUAGUAGUAGUAGUAGUAGUACCAAUCAACAACAACAACAACCGCAACAAACUACAACAAAUAACCAAAAAUCAUACUUGGUUGGUACUUCAAAUAAUUUAUUUUUAAAAUCACCUCCUUCAACUACUCAAGUUAUUAUUGAUAUACCAAGUGGAGAUAUAUUAUAUAGAGAUGAAUCAUUGUAUAAAGUUUUAGAACUAUCAUCAUCUGAUAGAAGAUUUAUCGAUAAUAUUUUAACUACAUUGGAACAACAAACCAACAACAACACUAACAAUAAUAAUAAUAAUUAUAUUGGUAGCGAUAAAUGGAUUAGAGAUCAAUUUGAAUUAUAUUUAUUAUGUUUAUUAUCACAUAUGGCAUCAUUAUUGAAAAUAGAGGAUGGCAGAACGGUUAUCACUCAAUUGAAUACACUUGCACCAUACAAUGAAUGGUGGAUCCGUCGUUGGUCAUCAACUAGAAACUUUGGAUUGUGGAAGACUCAAUUGUUUAGACAAAACCCUUGUCCCCCUCCAUCCAAAUAUCCCAUUCAUCCAUCGGGACCACCAUCAGAUAUCUUGGAUAGCGUACAAGACAAGCUGACAACAUCCAUGAAGGACUUGCAGCCCAUCACAACCGGUAUUUCCAAAGCUCUCUUUGGAGCAUCAACCUUUUUAUUCAACUCUGGUCAAUCUCUGAUCAACAGAGUGUUGGACGAUACUCCAAAUCAAGCCAAUCAACCUCAACCAAAACAAACAUCUCCAACUCAACAACAACAGCAACCAGUUAGAGAGGAUUAUUUGGUUGAAAAUGAGAUUGAGGAAAUUGUAAAAGAAGGAUGGACUAGAGUACAAGAAAAUAGUAUAUUGGCUGCAAAGAAAACGGCACAGGCAGUAAAACCUCUUUAUUCAAGUGGAAAGGUUUUAGCAAAACAAUUAUCAAGUCAACUUAUUAAUUAUAUUGCUCCUUUGAAUGAACAACAACAAUCACCAAGAAAUAAUAAUAAUAAUAAUGAACAUAUAUCAUCACAACAAGAAAAUAGUACCAACAAUAAUGAUGUUGUAACAAAGUCUGAAAUAUUAAUUGAUACUAUAUCCACCACUACAACAUCGAAAAAAGAUAAUAUUUCAUCACAAGUACAAUUGGAUCUAUUAGAGGAAAUUGAUGAAAAUGAUAUCUACGAAUUAUAG